AUGUCCGAGCCAGGCCCCGAGUCCCUUCCAACAAGCGCCGAUCCGCGCAGCAAGCGGCCGACCAAGCGACGCGCAUUGACACCACUCUCCGAACACGCAAGCCAAAUUGAGACACUGUUCAAAGACCCCAGCAAGGACAUCCAACUUCCCGCAGCAUCCAUACAGCGCUCAGCGUCGUCUUUGCUAGCGCCGCCGGAGAUCGUCACCAAUGUCCAGGGUUCAUCCGCUGGUGCGGGAUCUGGCGAGUUCCAUGUUUACAAGGCCAGUCGGCGGCGCGAAUAUGAGCGUCUGCGUCUGAUGCAGUCCGAGGUGGACCAGGAGAAGGAUAAUGCCAAGUGGGAAAAGGAGCGCGAGGAGGCUAGGCGCAAGGAUGAAGAGAAGACAGAAAAGAACCGGCGGAGGAGGGAGAAGAAAAAGAACGCGCGUGGGAAGAAGGGGGGUGACAAGAUGGAUAUGCCUGCGGCCGCUCCGGGGACGAUGGUAAGCGCGGAGGGAGACAAGAAUGGGGUUGCUGCGGAUGGCCAGCCUGCUCAAGAAGUUCCUGGUGUUAUUUUCCACGAUGAUGAUUAA